GAAAGAAAAUGACAGAAAGAAAAUAUUUUGCUGUCUUCACCGAGCCCCCACCCCCAUUCCUUCCUUCUUCCUGUCCUUCAGCACACUGCACAUCCGUCUCUCUUUGCUUUCCUUUCCUCUGACUGAGGUCUCUCCUCCAUUGAUGGAUCAUUUCUCAGCCAGAAAGCUCCAUCAUCUGUUCAGCUUCAACUUCCAUCAGAGCUGAACUCUCACUAAUUGUACUCCCCCAAAACGUGUUUCUGGUCCUUUGAGCAGCUCAAACCUUCAUCGCUUAGCCAUAAGUGCAUUCCCGCCCUCAAGCUCUGAUCUUUGAGCAGUUUCUCUGCCAAACUCAGCAAUGAACAGAGACCCGGCUUGACAAAUUCUUGAUCAAUCCCAUCGAAAUCCGAUCUUUGAAGCUUUACUUCCUUCUUAUGUUGAACUGAGCCACCUGCCAACAUGCACCCAUCUGGCAGUCUUCCCUUGGCUGCUCUCAUCUUCUGGGUCACUGCCCACCUCUGUUCCGUCCACUCAAACCCAGCAGUGCCCAUGAACUGCACGGACACAUCACGCCUCUGCGCAUCCUUCUUGGCCUUCAAGCCCGACCCCAACCAGACCCUCAGCGUCCUUCAGUCCAUGUUCGACGUCUCCCCCUCCGACAUCACCGUUGAGAACCCGGCCGCCCUCGACUACGUCUUCAUCAGGAAGAACUGCUCCUGCCUCUCCACCACCAAGAAGUACGCCACCAACACAACCUACACCUUGAGGUCCGCCGGGGGGCUUGUGUCCGAGAUCGUGGGCGGGGCGUACGACGGGCUCGCCAUGGUGCCCAAUUCGACGAGGUGGGCGAGGGUCGGGGCGGUGGUGUCGCUGAGGCUGUACUGCGGGUGCUCGAGCGGGCUGUGGAAUUACUUGAUGAGCUAUGUGCUGAGGGACGGCGACAGCGUGCAGUCGCUGGCGAGCAGGUUCGGGGUCAGUAUGGAUAGUAUCGAGACAGUGAAUGGGAUUAGCAACCCUGAUAAUGUCACUGUUGGUGAUCUUUACUUUAUUCCCCUGGACUCAGUUCCUGGAGAGCCCUAUCCUUUGGAAAAUGCUACCAGUCCUGCUCUUGCCCCGGCUCCUGCAUCUUCUAUCGAGGGCCUUCCAGAAAGGCCUCGCGAUCACAAGACUCAUGUUCCCUAUGGGUGGAUCAUAGGGGGUGUUGGAGUCGGUCUUCUCGUGAUCAUACUGGGCAUUGUUGCUUUCAUUUCAGUUAGAUCAUCAGCCUGCUCUGCUAAUCGUUCAAAAGAUGGUGAUGGAAAGAUUUCCCAUAAGUUUCACAUUCUUCGGAACCCGAGUUUUCUCUGUGGUUCGGGCCGCUACAUCUGCUGCAAGCAGGGCAACUGGAAGCAAACAAAUGGAGAAUCAAGCAACAACCAGAUAAAUGUUCCAACAGCUCUAGGAGCCGACGUGUUUGAUGUAGAGAAGCCUGUAGUAUUCUCAUAUGAGGAUAUUCUUUUCUCAACUGACGGGUUCUCUGAUUCAAGUCUUCUUGGCCAUGGUACAUAUGGUUCCGUGUACUAUGGAGUCCUCCAUGACCAGGAAGUUGCAAUUAAGAGAAUGACUGCAACAAAAACGAAAGAAUUUCUGGUGGAGAUGAAGGUCUUGUGCAAAGUACAUCAUGCGAAUCUGGUGGAAUUGCUUGGCUAUGCUGCUAUGAAUGAUGAGCUGUUAAUUAUCUAUGAGUAUGCCCAGAAGGGUUCACUAAGGUCUCAUUUGCAUGAUCCACAAAGCAAAGGCAAUCCAUCUCUUUCGUGGAUUACGAGGGUCCAGAUUGCACUUGAUGCUGCUAGAGGUCUCGAGUACAUUCAUGAGCACACUAAGAAUCACUAUGUUCAUCGAGACAUCAAAACGAGCAACAUCUUGCUCGAUGGUGCCUUUAGAGCGAAGAUUUCAGAUUUCGGUUUAGCAAAACUUGUGGGGAAGUCAGGUGAGGAGGAAGCAACGGUGACAAAAGUUGUGGGAACAUAUGGCUAUCUGGCGCCCGAAUACUUGAGCAAUGGCCUAGCUACGACGAAAAGUGAUGUGUACGCAUUCGGUGUUGUUCUUUUCGAGAUUAUAUCGGGUCGGGAAGCUGUGAUACGCAGUGAAGCCACAGCGAUGAAAAGUGCCGAAAGGCGCUCAUUGGCAUCCAUUAUGUUGGCAGCUCUUAGAAACGUACCUGACUCUCUAAGCAUGUCAAGCAUCCAAGAUUACAUUGAUCCUAAUCUGAUGGAAUUAUAUCCUCACGAUUGUUUCUUCAAGAUGGCAAUGCUAGGGAAGCAGUGCGUGGAUGAGGAUCCAGUGUUAAGACCGGAUAUGAAGCAGGUGGUGAUAACGCUAUCUCAAAUUCUCCUAUCAUCGGUCGAGUGGGAAGCCACUCUUGCUGGGAACAGCCAGGUUUUCAGUGGCCUCGUUCAAGGACGAUGAAGGCUAUGUGUAUGAUGGUGGCCUCAACUUUGUUUCACGUCAGGAACAUAUACGUUACUCCUCGUACUUCACUCGGAAACCUGCCUUUUUCACUAUGUUCAUCGUAGCUAUACUGUGAUAAUUAUGAUAGAGGGGUCAUUUGAAUUUUAUUUUGUCGAUUUAAUUGUCAUCGUCCAUAUUAUUGUAAUAGUUGGUGUUAUUUUCCAAUUAUAGGUAAAUUUUUUUGAGUGUUUUUUUUUAUACCCUUUUAGUUGCGUGGGAAAUUCUCUCUCCCUAUGAUGUAAAUUGUGACUAUGACUUAUGAGGCUAAAGGAAAGGACUCAUAUUUUGCAGAGUUA